CUGGAUUGGAUUAUUUUAUUUAUUUAUUUAGAUACUACUUGUAGCCUAGAGAUCAAUCUACUGCUAUUAACGAAAAAAUAAUAAUUGCCGGUUAAUCUAUAUAUAGUACAACAAGUAGACCGAUUUAUUAAAAUUGAAUAAUCAAAUAUAGAUGUAAAACUUUAGUAAUUCAGAUUUUCACACAGUUGCCCGUAGCAACCAAAGGGCGUCAUCAUCGCGCUGAGACUGAGAGCUUACUUUAUCAUUGAUUUUGAUACAUUGUUAUGAUUUUAUGACAAAUUCUGCGUAGUUUUAUAUUACAAUAUUCUUUUCGACGAAAUAAGAAGACUAGUUUAUUGAAAAUGUGUGACAGCGAAUCUAGAUCUAGUUCUAGUAAACAACAUACUUGCGAGUGUACAUGUAACAAGCAACCUAGACUUGGAGAACUGCGAGAGACAUGGUGCGCUGUGGAAAGAAUGAAAGAGGAGGACUGGGCUCGCAAACAGAAAGGGCAUAUUCCCCGAUAUCAAGAAGAAAUGAGAAGUGAUAUCUUCGGACUCUGUGCAUUGCAGAAUAUCUCAGAACCUAGAUUAACAUUUGAGCCACCAAAGAAGACUGAGCAUACUGAGCGUAGACAUUUCGGCAAAAUACAUAACAAGUCUCAGCUAAAAAUUUGAUUACCAGAAAUGGGCCAACAUCAAAUGAAGCUUCAUGCUCAGUAGUUUUGACAACAUCUGAACAGUAUUAAAAGCUGGAUUUUCAUCAGUAUUAAUUAAUAAAUUUAAUUUUACA